AUGAAGCCAGAGGUUGUCUUUUUGGACAGGCAAGCAGAGACUUCACUAAGCAGAGAACUUCAAGAAUAUGCAUCUGUGUGUUUUUAUCUGGGUCUCUUUCUAGGUACAGCCCUCCUCCUCCAGAUUCUCUUCAAUGCUGACCUCCUUGUGACAGCAGUCCCAGCUGGACUCCAUGGAGAGGAGUCAUCCAGUCUCAAGAGCACCCCAGAAUGGCAGGCAAAUCUUCAGAAAGAAUUGGGCAGCAGCUUAAAACUCUCUCGGCAACUUCUCUGUAAAACAAGAAACCUUAGACGUCUCUAUGGCUCUGAAUAUCUGCCAGGAAUCAGACUCACUCUUAUACCACACUCACGGCUGCUUCCCUCAUCCAGCCUUGAUCUGCACACAUGGAUUAAUCUUCCAGAUGCCGAGCGCUUGUCCUACAUUGCCGAGAAGCUCUCGUUUUAUCAGACAUUGGUACAGCAGCUGAAGGACCAUGAAUCAGCCAAAGAGGGUUCCAGAUUUGCUUCCCAGUUUGAAGAUCUCAGCUGUAACCUCCGAGACCUAAGUCACCAAGUGAGUUAUCAGAUUGCACUUUGGGAGCUGCCAUCUGAAAUCCAGCUAGAAUCAACUCUGAAGCCUCCUCAGAUCCUUCAGCAUCAAAAUCAGUGGCACAACGACAAAGAAGUGUACCUCAUCUUGCGCUAUCUUGAGAAUUUCCUCUGUCGCGUCACGCGGGACUUCGUGAUGCUCAGAGCUAGAGUGGCAAAGGGGACUUUCCUUUCCAAGGAUCCCAGAUCUCCCAAAUCCCACUCUUUUUCAUCCUAAACUCCUGUUCUAGGGAAUGUUAGUAUUCUGGCAUCCAGAUUGCUAAACC